UUCGGAAGUCGGGAAGAUAAACGGAUUCAAGGAGAAUGCUCUCGAUGGCAAAUUUUCUCAAAUGUGGUGAUGGCACAGAGUUGGAUAGCAGUGAAUGCAGUGGUAAUAAAAAUGAUCCUACCAGUAGUGUGACCGCGGUUGGAAAACCGUUGAGUGCGAUUGUGAGUUCUAGUUUAAUAUCUGGAAAAUCUGGAAGUACUGUUUGCAGUUCACAAACCUCUCGUAUACCGAAGUGUGCUCGAUGCCGCAAUCAUGGAAUGAUUUCCGGUCUUCGUGGUCACAAGAAAAAUUGCACCUACAGGAAUUGUCGCUGUCCGAAAUGCGAAUUGAUUUUAUCGCGACAAAAAAUAAUGGCAGCUCAGGUAGCCUUGAAACGCCAGCAAGCAGUAGAAGAUGCCAUUGCUCUUAGAUUAGCGUCUUCGGAAAUGGGAACUCAGCUGGAGGCACUUCCACCGGGAAAAAUCUACGGAAUGACAGUGACCGAGCCAUGUUCAUCGCCGAAUCUUCUUCAGGGGCCAACUUCCACUUCAUCUAUGGACAUCUCAUCAUCUACGUCACCGAGUAAUGCAAAAAACGAAAUGGAACCGAUUGAAAUUUCCGUGACAUCGCCAGAUUCGGCAGAUAAACCCGAAGCCAAUAACGUUGCAGUAUCGCAGAACGCUCUUGACAUGCUUACGCAGUUAUUUCCCCACCGGAAGAGGUCAGUGCUCGAAUUGAUACUGAAAAGAUGCGAUUCUGAUUUGCUGAAAGCCAUAGAACAAUGCAGUAAAAGCUCACCGCCUAUGGCAACGAGUGCAUUUAAACCACCGACAACAUCCUCUUCUAUGAUAACUCAUCAUCAUCAGAUUUCUGCGGCACCACCUAGCCCUCCAAGCUACACAUCAUUAAUAGCUUAUCCGAAAUGGUUACUUCCGAUGUCAAUUCCCGUUCCGAUGAGUCACCUUGCUCCGAAUCUGGCCCCCCGAUGUACCCUUCCGAACUGUGUGAUGUGUGUGCAUCAUCCGGUGUAGAUUAACCAAGCUGUUUACAUAGGCUUUAAUUAGUA